UUUCUGAUAAAAUCCAUUAACGGCUUCUCCUUCGACGUUCACUGCCAUUUGUUCAAAGAUGACAGUAAAGUUGGAUUUCGAAGACUGUCUAAAGGACUCCCCAAGAUUCCGAGCUGCUAUUGAUGUGAUUGAGAGUGAAGUGACAGAACUUGAAACAAAGCUUGAAAAGAUGGUUAAAGUCUGCAGUACAAUGUUGGAUACAGGUCGUAUUUAUAACCAAAGCAGCAAGCAGUUUGUCAGUGGAAUCCGAGAAUUGUCACAGCAUUCCAGUGGUGACAACAUGAUGAUGGAAUGUCUGGAGAAGUUUUCUGAUUGCCUGAGUAACAUGAUUGAAGCGCACAUGGAACUCUUGGACACUACGCAAAGAGCAGUGAAGCAGCAAGUCCAGAAUUUGGUGAAGGAAGACAUCAGGAAGUUUAAAGAUGUGAAGAAAGAGUUUGACAAAGGCAGUGAGGCCCUAGAGAGUGCCCUGCUGCGGAAUGCACAAGCUCCACGCAACAAGCAGCAUGAAGUCGAGGACUCCUCAAGUGCACUCUUGGCAGCAAGGAAGUCAUUCCGCAAUGAAGCACUCGACUAUGUUCUGCAGAUCAACAUAAUACAGGGCAAGAAGAAAUAUGACAUUUUACAAGCUAUGCUUAAUCUCAUGGAUGGCCAGGCCACUUACUUCACUCAAGGUUAUGAUGGGCUAAAAGAGCUACAGACAUACCGGAAGGAGCUUGCAGCCAAGUUGCAUCAGUUGGUGCUGAAUGCUGCACGAGAAGCAAGAGAUAUGGAACAGAGGCAUGCUACCAUCAAGAAAAAGGACAUCUCCUACGAUGAUUCUAUUAUGGAAUGCAAAAUGGAUGCCCCAAGUGGAAUCGUCAUGGAAGGCUACCUUUUCAAGCGGGCCAGCAAUGCCUUCAAAACUUGGAGUAGGCGCUGGUUUUCAAUUCAGAAUAAUCAGCUCGUAUAUCAAAAGAAAAUCAAGGAUAAUGUGACGGUGGUUGUUGAGGACCUACGUCUCUGCACGGUGAAGCCAUGUCCCGAGAACGAGAGAAGAUUUUGUUUUGAGGUGGUUUCCCCAUCAAAGGCAUGUAUGCUGCAAGCAGACUCAGAAAAACAACAACAAGCCUGGGUAGUAGCAGUACAAAACAGCAUAGCUUCUGCUUUUUCAGAAAGUCGGGAAGAUACACUUUCUUCGAAGUCCGAUAGAACAUCCUUCACAUCCACUGGAAGUUUUGACUUGCCAGGUUCUGGAAAGGAAGUCAUAGAUAAGAAAGUUCUUGACCAGGUCCAGCGUAUACCAGGAAAUGCACAGUGCUGUGACUGCAAUGAACCUGCCCCUGAGUGGGCCAGUAUCAAUUUAGGAAUUUCACUCUGUAUAGAAUGCUCCGGAAUACACAGGAGUUUAGGUGUUCAUUUCUCUAAGGUACGGUCCUUAACUCUCGAUUCUUGGGAACCAGAACUGAUCAAGUUGAUGUGUGAAUUGGGAAAUGCCACAAUCAAUCGGAUUUAUGAAGCACGGAUUGAAGAAAUGACCAGAAAGAAGCCAAGCCCUAGCUCCACAAGACAGGACAAAGAGGCCUGGAUUCGGGCUAAAUAUGUGGAGAAAAAAUUUAUCAAAAAACUCCCAGACUCUGGUAGCCGGCUGCAUCGAUCCAGUUUAAGACAUCAUCGUUCAGCCAAUCCUGAAAGGACAUUUAAACCAGAAAAGCCACCAAAACCAGUAAUAAAACCAAAACCACUGACCCUUCCCAGAACAGCAGCCCCAGGUAACAUGAGCGCCUUUGCUAUGAGCAGCAGUAGUAGUAGCAGUAACUUACAUUCCUCUGGAUCUGUUGGUGACAUGCAUGAGAAUGAUGUGGAGGAUGACAGAGAAGACAUGAAGCAUCUCCACCCAGGGGCCCUGCUUUACAGAGCAGCAGUGCAUCAGAGUCUACCCAUCAUGGCAGAUGCACUGGCACAUGGGGCUGAUGUCAACUGGGUGAAUGCAGCAGAAGAAAACCGAACACCCCUUAUUCAAGCUGUAUCAUCUAAUUCCUUGGUAGCCUGUGAGUUCCUGCUGCAGAAUGGUGCCAGUGUUAACCUGGCAGACAGUUAUGGAAGAGGUCCAUUACAUCAUGCUACAAUCCUUGGACAUACUGGUUUGGCUUGCCUGUUCUUGAAACGAGGAGCAAAUCAAAAUGCAACAGAUAUGGAUGACAAAGAUCCUCUAACAAUUGCCAUAGAAAAUGCCAAUGCGGACAUCGUUACACUGUUACGCUUGGCAAAGAUGAGGGAAGCUGAAGUCGCUAUGGGACAGUCAGGUGAUGAAACCUAUCAGGACAUCUUUAGAGAUUUCUCCUUGAUGGCAUCUGACAAUCCAGAAAAGUUGGAUCGACGGAGCUACACCCUGAAGUUAACUACAAUGUAGAACAUGGAGUAUAACUCUGUAAGGGGUGAUCAGUAGAGUUCUUGGAAUCUUCCUGUGGUCAAGCCACUGUGGCUUAAAAUCUUUGAAAACUCUUUGAGUUCAUGAGCGUGGGUACUAUUUAACAUUUAAGGACCUAUCUAAGACAUUGGAGAUCUUUUAUUAAAUGAUUUCAAAUGUAUAGAAGAUGAACUAUUUAUGUGUGAGAAAAACAUCUGGAACAAAUGGAAUUCUCAUUCUUGCAGGAUAGCCAAGCAUCAAAUCUUGUAUGCAAUGUUUUUUGACACUGCCAUAGGAGUUUUAUAAUGUUCCAAUCUACCUUUGGUAAAGAAAAACUUUGGUGACCAGGUCAUAUUUCCAGGCCACAAGUUCAGAGUAUUGGAUAUGAAACUUCAAAAACUGUGAUCCCUGAAAUUAUUAAAGUAGAAUGUGGAAGAACAAGCAUCUGUGUCAUUCAGGCAGUACAGCCUGUGACUGGGAGGAUAUAAACUAGCAGAUCUUUUCAGUCAAGUCCUAAAUCUGUCAGUCACUCUUUUGUAAUGCAUAUUUUUGAAAGUAAUGUUCUACUAAUAUAAACUUUCAAUGUAACACACAAAAGAUUGACCAUAUAUGACCUUGAACACUCAAAGGUUUAUCUUUUUGCUCGGGUCACAGUUUUCUGUGUUAGCUGCAGUGUUCUAAAUAAAGACUGUUACAUUGGUGCCAUGAAAAGGUAAUUAACUCGUGGACUGCCAUCAGCUAUUAUAUGGUUCAGCACCUUUAUUUUAAAGCUGGUUAAAAAAAUUAUUGUAUUUGUCUGUCACAGCUUUUCAAAACUGGAAGAUAUUUGUGAAAGCAAUAAAAAUUGCAGUAUGACAGAAA